CGGGCGGACCGAACCACCGUGCCGAGGAGAGGGGAGUUCAGGCGCAGCCCGGGCCUGCUGCCGCCUGCCUCAACGCCGUCCGGCAAUGCCUCUAAUCCUUACCACCCCCCGCGCCCGCGCGAGAUGGUCUGGGCCCGCGGUUGCGCUCCCUUCCGCCAAUCGGUGGGCGCGGAGGCUGCGCUCGAAUCUGCGCGCGGGGCGCCGUGAGGGGAGCGGGGCCGGGCCGGGAGCGCCGCCGGGGCGGCGGGGCCGAGCCGCGGCCAUGAGGGGACCGGGACCGGGACCGGGACCCGUCCGGGAGUGCCAGGGGCGAGUCUGCGACAUCGUCGCGACGCCCAGCCGCCGCUUCGGCUGGGGAGGGCCGCCGCUGCGCUCGGUGUCCCUCAGCAGCAUUCCCGCGGGGACGCUCACCCCGCUGAAGGAGCUCCUGCCGGGCCAGGGCAGCGCCGUGGCUGCGGGCGGCCGAGCGUCGGGCCCGCAGCUCGCGGGGCCGGAGCGUCGGGCUGGCCCCGACAGCCGGCCCAGCCCCGGUCGCGGCAGCCGGCCCAGCCCCGGUCGCGGCAGCCGGCCCGGGCCCGGCCCCGACAGCCGGCCCAGCCCAAAUCGCGGCAGCCGGCCCGGGCCCGUCGCCGAGCGGCUGCCGAAGCGCCGCGCUCCGGAGCCGCCCGCGCAGGAGUCGCCGGCCAAGAUCUUCCAGAGGAUGAAGGCGCGGGCGGAGCAGCAGCGCAGGAUCGCCACCGACGUGAUCCUGAGCCCCGCGGGCCGGCAGCACUGGCCCGACACGGCCCGGGCGGCGGGCAGGACCCAGGCGGCAGCAGAGGCAGUUUUGCCUCAGGCUCCCAGGAUGGAGCCCCUGGAAGUGCCCCCAGCAGAGCCUCUCGUGCUGGAAACCCCCCAGAAGUUCUUCCUGCGGGUCAAGUGGCAGCAGCAGCAGCAGCAAGCUACACCAGCUUCAACCCGAACGCAGCAGAGUGUUCCUCCUUGCGCAGCUGCAGGGAAUCCUUCAGCCCAGGCUGCUCGUGCUGAGCAGCCAGGGAAUGAGCCUGCAGAGGAGCUGGGCUCCGACAAGGAUGACGUGGAUGUUUUCCUGGUGGAAUCUGUCGAAGUCGAUGCUGAUGGAGAAGUGUCUCAAAGUACAAUGGCUACUCCUUUGCAAGUGAGAUCCACCCCUUGGGAAAACGGGGAUCAGGCAAGAGGAAGGUGGGGGAAUGGAGAAGCGAAACGUGCAGAGUUUCAUGAAGACAGGAGAGAGCCCAGCAAAAACCCAGCUGCCCCAGCAGUGGAAAACGCACCAGGGGAUCCUCACCCUAAGAACCCCUCCCAGCGCUUCUGUAGCAUCCUGCUCUCCUCUCCAGUCCAAAUUCCAAGGAAGCAGAAGCAGGCGGAAGACCCCAAGGUCCCUUUGGAUAAACCUCCUGCUGAGCAGCCUGCUGGCAGAGCACACAAAGAGAAAAGCAUCUGCCUGAGCAACUGGAGCAUUAAAGUGCUGGCUGGAAACACGGCGAUCUGUGUGGAGGGGAGAAGGAAGGACAUGAGGCAGCUGCUGUGGCACAGCAGCGCCGUCACGGAGCGCGUCACUCACAACCAGGUGCAGACCUCCUCGGGAGCCAUCUACCUGCUGCAGGGCAAGAUAGACUCAGCUGCCAUGAGGAAGGAGGGGUUCCCCUACCGCUUCAUCAAGAAAUUCACGUUCGGCUUCUCCAGGAGGUGGAAGGAGUACGUGGAGGAGUUUCUCGAGGAAAGGAGGAGGAAAGAACGAGUUCAAGAGAGUGGUGAGGAGGAAAAUGAGGAGAAUGACUCCGGGGGGGGAACUGCUGAGUUGGAAGCUGCAGGAGGCUCAGUGAGCCGAGCAAAGAAACCUGCACUGAGGAACUCCACCUUUGAGGUAUCACCGGAGAAUCGUGAGAGCGUCUUCAUAACACCAAGUCACAGCUCCAGGAAGGACUCGAGCAUGGUCUACACUCGCAGCGGGCGCCUCGUCAAACCCCCCCUGAACUUCUGGUGUGGGCAGAGGGAGUUUGUGGAUCAGGGUCUGAAUGUCACCAUUCAGAAUGGAUGGGUGGAUUAUCUGAACCAGAUGCCUAGUAGUGGAAAACCCAAAAGAAAGACCAGUUCCACCUCCAAGAAUAAACAAAAGGAAGACAUGAAAAAAGAGGAAAUGCCAAAAAGCCAAAGUAAAGGGAGGAGCAGCGAGAGAGCAGCGCCCAGGGCUGCCGGCAGCAGGAGGGGCCGCCACUUCCUUUCCGAGGAGGAGGAGGAGGAGGAGGAAAAUGAUCCUGGAAUCAGGGGCGCGAAAACGAAAUCCCAGCUCCCUGCCAGAGGCGCUUCCUUAAGGAACAAAGUGCUGAACAAACACGGCGGCAGAGCCCCGGAGGCAGCAGCGAGAGCAGCGGGCUCUGCAGAGCCGAGCAUGUACGAGCAGGGCUACAGGAACUCCCUCAGGUCAGCCAGGCGGCUCCUCCCGGGAAAGGAGAGGAUUCUCCGCACCCAGGACUCCUCAGAGGAUGAGGAGGAGCAGUCCAGUGAGGACACCCCGCUGCUGAUCAGGAGGAAAAAGAAAUCUGUAUUAAAACCAGAGACUCGAAACCAGAAACCUUGCUCUGGCUGCAGAGGCUCCUGGGACGAUGCAGCCACGUCCUGUGGCCGAAGGACAGGAAAGCCCUCCCGGAACGUGCUGGUGAGGCUGAGCGGGCCCGAGUCCAGCGAGGAGUCUGAGCCCCCUUCUGAAGGGAAGACAUCCUCUGAGUCCAGCGCUUCCCUGCUGCCUGCCCAGGCCAGGAGGGCAGGGGGCAGAGCCAAGGCUGCCAGGCUGAGCUCUGACACCGAGCCCGAGAGCGGCAAGGAGCAGAUUCCCAGCAAGGACAGCCACGCCAGAGUAGCCCAGCUGCACACCAACCACGGAGCCUCCCGCGGCGCCAGGGCUGCAGCAGCCAAGCCCAGAGAGGCACACGGGCAGAAGACUCUGGAACUUUUUCCAAGGGCAGGUGAUGCUUGGUCUGAGAAGGAAUUGCAGAAGCUUCACAAGGCCAUCGCGGCGUUCCCCAAGCACAGGAGCGGCUUCUGGCAGGACGUGGCCAUGGCCGUGGGGUCCCGCUCGGCCCAGGAGUGCCAGGGGAAGUACCUGGAGGAGCAGCAGGGGAAAGGCUCCAAACAGCAGCCCAGGAAAACCACGGCGGGAAAAUCUGAGAAGAAAGAUCCUGCAGAUAAGAAGGAGCCAGCGAUCACUGCCAAGGUGGGCACCCUCAAGCGGAAGCAGCAGAUGAGGGAGUUCCUGGAGCAGCUGCCCAAGGACGACCACGACGACGUCUUCACCGCGACGCCCCUCCAGAAGAGGAGGGUCCAGCUGCCAGCACUGCGAGGGAGCCAGGACGGGGACACCGAGGAUUUCGCCCUCUCAGAGCUCCCACUCACCCCCUCCUCAGGCCUCUUUCCCCCUGUGAAAACCCCACAGUGUGACCACAUCAGCCCGGGAAUGCUGGUCCCCAUCAACAGGAAUGACUACGACCGGCACGUGUUCCGCAUGCAGAAGAACAUGCAGGGCAGCAGAGGCACCUGGGACAAGGUCAAGAAGAAGUCGGCCGGAGCUGUGCUCGGGACACCGGCUUCCAGCAGAACCAAGAGAGUGAUCCCGGCCCCGAUGGUGGGGAAGCUGUUCCCGGCUGAGGCUGAGGCUGCAGACUCGGCCAGCGAGGAGCAGGAUGAUUCCUACUUUUCCAUCUGAUGGACUCUGGAUGUCAGCAUUGUUCAGCACUUGCUGUUCAGAGCACGGGGGUUCUGCUGCCCCUCUGGGAGGGAAUGCUGGAAUGAUUUCAGUUUGGAAAAGCUGCCCUGCUGUGUUUUUAUGUGUUUUAACUCCAUUCCUGGUCCAGGCUCCUCCCCUGCGUGUCCUGUUUCUCCUGGGAAGGAGAAAUGUACAUAGAUAGCAAUGACUGCCAAGUUCUGACUCAUUUUAAGCUAAAAUAUCUUCUGAGAGAUGGCUGUAUAAUAAAUUUAGCAGCAGUCCAGAAGGAACUGAAAUUGCUUUUUAAUUUACUCUAGGGACAGCCUGAAUUUUUACGUUUCCUUAAUGUAAUAAAUAAGGAGAAGCUUUUUUUACUCA